CAACGCUAUUAGCAGCGCCGGCUCUUUAAAUUUAUUUAAAUAAGCAUUAAUACUCAAAUGCACUAUAUUCAAAAAUGAUUCACGACAUUUUGAUAUCAUGCUUAAGCUUAAGCCGCAAAGGCUUGGUCAUUACCGAGUUUCUGACAACAAAUGCUGUCGACGAAUUUAUACAUCCCUGCGAGCGCCAAGUAUUUAUGGAUAUUAUGAGUAUCUUGAAUAAGCUCAGUGAGAUUGUAAGAUUUGCAAAUUACUUUGGCAUAGCUACGCCUGCUUAUGUCAACGACUUCGAUGAAGCUUCAGAAUACUCUACUGGCUGCUAUAUUAAACAAUUUGCAAUUGGAGUGGAAAGCGCGCUGGAGCAGUGCUAUCAGGAAAUACAGCGCUUGGAGUCAUUAUACAAGAAUACUGCAGAAAAGUCGCUAAUAUAUAUUUAUAAUACCCUUGAGCUGCAGUUGCCUGCUAUACGUUUUUUACGUAAGCUUAUACAGGACGCUAAAAUACAGAAGCUCCAUGGCUGUGCCGUGCUACAGAAUCUGCAUCGACAAUCGGAAUACGGGGAAAUUGACAUGGAUAUUAUUAUUUCUAAAGUUACCAAACCAGUUAAAACGCUAUUUUUCGCACACUUGGCGCAGUGGAUGCUGUUUGGCCUAAUUGAUGAUCCGCAUGACGAGUUCUUUAUAAACCACAAACCGUUAGAAGCAAAUUCAAGUGAUAAAAUAUCCCCCAACAACUCUCGUAUGUUAUCAGUCAGCAGCGUUGAGGAAGUUUGGCAGUAUGAAAUAAAUAUGAGCCAAGUGCCAGGAUUUGUUUCAUGCGUUUUAGCUGAAAAGAUUUUGUUUGUUGGCCAAACUGUUAUAGUUUUCAAAUUGGAAAACAAUUUGAAAAAGCAUAAUGCUUGGACCACCAAACUAGAAAAAUCCUAUUGCGAUGAUAUCAGCGAACUUUGGGAUGGCAAAGAGUCAACAUUCUAUAAAUUGAUUGAAGCGCUCAGCCAGGAAGAUAAGCUUAAUAUAUUUCGACUGGAAGAUGUUGUGAAUGAAAUCAAAAGACACGUAAGUCAGCGCUUAUCGGAAAUUGCUGCAAAGGAAGAUGACUUGGAGCGUCAAUUGGGCUUGAUCAAAGACUUCUAUCUUCUGGGGCGCGGUGAAUUUUAUUUGGAGUUUCUGCGCCAGUUAUAUGAGGACACCAAAGACGUAGUUAGUAUGAGCGAAAGGGAUUAUACCAAGGCUUUUGAGAAUGCCGCUAAUGUCAUGGGCAUUACUGAUGACUUGGACAACUUUACGCUGAGCGUGCAAAAAUCUAGCAUUGAUUUUGAUGAGAGCUGUGAAUACGCCACAUUGCAAAACCUGCAGUUGAAAUACGUUUGCAAGUGGCCAUUGAAUCUGCUAUUUUCCCCUAUAGUUAAUGAGGGUUACAACAAAGUAUUUCGAUUUCUGUUAAUCGUCAAGAAGCUACAGUAUAAUUUGCAUUUAGUCUGGGCACGUCAUAAAUGGGCAAGCAAACUAAAGCAACCAGUUAGCCUUAAUAUUAUGAAUUUCCGCAAUCAUCUAAUGUUCUUUAUGGACAAUUUACAGUAUUAUAUACAAGUUGAUGUGCUGGAAAGUCAAUAUAGCAUUUUCAUGAACAUUAUUAAGAGCAAGGCUGACUUUGGCGAAAUACAAAAAGGACAUUCCGUUUUUCUAGCCAAUGUGCUCUCACAGUGUUUUUUGCUUACUGAAGCCAAUGAGUUGAAACCAGAUUUGUCACAGACAACAUAUCAAUCUCAAUAUCCCAUCUAUGGCACCAUAUUGGAAAUAUUUAAUAUAUGUGAAAAGUUUAGUAACAUAAAUUGUCUUGAAGAGCCAGCGCAGAACGAUUUAAAAGAGAUUGAAAUACUCGAAGAAAAAUUCAAUGUAUCCAUAGCAAACCUCAUCAAAUUAUUAGUUGACAUUAAGUCAUCAACUAGUUUUGGAACGCUAUCGCAGCUUAUACUCAGAUUGGAUUAUAAUCGUUGGUUUAGUGCCAAGAAUGGCAAACACACAUCGUUUUCAAAUUUGGAAUAAGUUAAGGCCUAAAGCUGCAAGCG